CUGCGCGUUCACUCGUCGCCUAUCAGACUGCCACAACUUGCGUGAAGACCCUUAAGAGCACUUUGUGUUUAAUACCCACUUUAAACACCUACACAUAUUGCAUUGACAACUGAAAAGAUGUGGAAGUCAGUCGUGGGCCACAAUGUGAGCAUGAAGGUGGCUGCAGAGGGGGACGACUGGGAGACAGACCCUGACUUUGAGAAUGACAUAUCAGAGCAGGAGCAGAGGUGGGGGGCAAAGACCAUCGAGGGCUCGGGGCGCAAAGAGCACAUCAGUGUUGCAGAGCUCAGAAGCAAAGUCGCUGUGGAACACGAGCAGGUGAAGCAGAAGGAACACGUUCCCAAAGCGUCCUACGGAUACGGAGGGAAGUUUGGAGUGGAGAAGGACCGAAUGGACAAGGCGGCCUUGGGGCACGACUACGUGGCACAAGUCGAGCAGCACUCCUCCCAGAAAGAUGCGGCGCAAGGGUUCGGUGGGAAAUUUGGUGUUCAAAAAGACCGUGUUGACAAGUCAGCCAUGGGCUUCGAAUACAAAGGAGAGGUGCAGCAACAUACGUCUCAGAAAGAUUACUCGAAGGGAUUUGGAGGAAAGUACGGUGUGGAGAAGGAGAAAGUUGACAAGGCGGCUUUGGGCUACGACUAUAAAGGGCAGACAGAGAAGCACCAGUCACAAAAAGACUAUGCUAAGGGAUUUGGAGGAAAGUACGGGGUGGAGAAGGAGAAGGUGGACAAAGCUGCUUUGGGGUACGAUUAUAAAGGAGAAACAGAGAAGCACCAGUCACAGAAAGAUUACUCAAAGGGAUUUGGAGGGAAGUUUGGUGUUGAGAAGGAGAAGGUGGAUAAAGCUGCGUUGGGAUACGAUUAUAAGGGCGAGACGGAGAAACAUCAGUCACAGAAAGGUGAGGACACUCCCACGUGUUUAUCUGAAAGUAUCAGAGGACUUAAAGUACGUCAGACUGAUCACAUGUAUUUCUGUUUAGAUUAUUCAGCAGGUUUCGGAGGUCGUUAUGGAGUACAGGCAGACCGCAUGGAUAAGAGCGCAGCUGGCUUCUCAGACAUCGACUCUCCUGCCUCUGCUUAUGAGAAGACAAAACCAGUAGAGGCCUCAAGCGCAGGUGCAGGAAAACUGAAGGCACGGUUCGAAAACAUGGCCAAGGCUUCAGAUGAAGAGAACAGGAAGAAAGCGGAAGAAGAGAAGGCGAGGAGACAAGCCAGGGAGAGCAGAGAGCGAGAGCAAGCCAAACGCAGACAGGAGGAGGAGAGCAGCAGAGAGGAGCAGAGCAGCAGAGAGGAGCAGAGCAGGAGAGAGGAGCAGAGCAGCAGAGAGGAGGAAAUUCCACCACCUGUUCCAGAUGUGGAUCCAGAGUACGACUUGCCACCGCCAGACAUCCAGCAGCACAUGCCAGAUAUAGAGGAAAUACCUGAGCCAGAGCCAGAGCCAGAGCCAGAGCCAGUGGAGGAACCAGAGUACGACGAGCCCCCGGCUUUGCCUCCACGCUCGGACGACUUCGACGCGGAUGCCCCCCCGCUGCCUGAAAGGUCGGCAGAUGUGGAGGAAGAGGGGGACGACGGAGAAUACGAGAAUGCUGGACCACCUCUUCCUGCGCGGACAGCUGAGGUAAACGACUACGAAGACCUGUCGUGUGGCCAGAAGGCGGUAGCAAUUUAUGACUAUGAAGGAGAGGCUGAUGACGAGAUCUCCUUCAACCCGGACGACAUCAUCACCAACAUAGAGAUGAUUGACGAGGGCUGGUGGAAGGGACAGUGUCGCGGACGCGUCGGUCUUUUCCCGGCUGCUUACGUUCAGCUGAUGAAUUGAGCGACGCGCUCAGGGAGUUUCAGCACAAGCUUAACUUUUGCACACUCAGGUUUAUUUGGUCAUUCAACAGGAGGAAAUUAAUUUUAGCACUGUAUUUAUAGAAUACAUCACAAAAUGGUUUCUGAUCAGCAGGUUUCUUUACUCUUACUGUGUAAUAUAUCGCUUAGGGUCUGUGGCAAUGAGCAUCUGAGGAUAGUAUGACCACCAAACUCACAUUAUUGGCAAGGAGUUACAUAAUGUAUCUGCAAUUAACUGAUUGGAGUCAAUAAAAUGUUCUUCACAUUG